CACCAGCCUUCUCCUUGGGGCCGGCUCGUCCUCCCUGCGCAGAGCUCGGCGUCGCUUUGGAGGGGGAGGGAGAGCCCAGUCGAGCCGCUCAGCCCCCCCUCUCUUCCCCCCCACCCGCCCCCUUUCCCGCCCCGGCCUGUGGCGGCUCCGGUGUCUGGAGGAAUUUGUGCCGCCGCCUGCCCCGGCUGGGCGCGGGAGGCGGCCGAGCAGCGGCAGGAGGGUCAUAGCGAAGGCGACUGCAUCGGGAGAUGAGCUGCGUCGGGAGGACGGUGCGGUGCAGCUUUUUGCGGCGGUGAGCCCUCCCUGGUCUCCAGUACUCCGUUUCCCUUUGAGUGGGAGCAGCUCAAGAGGGAGAAGAUCCGUGGUCGGUGCUGCUGUUUCCACCACUGCCUUCACCAUCAUCAUCAUCUCUAAGGACAGGGGAAAGAUUCCGCCGCCGGACAAGGAUUUCAUGUUCCCAGGAUAAAGAUCGCUGCCUCCCCUCCCAAUCCUUCGCUUCACCACACUGCCCGUGCCCUGGCCGGGGGCGGCAGACCGGGGGGGUAACAAUGGUGAAGUUUCUGGUGAGUUCUGGCUGCGCCCUGGCUGCGUCUGUGCUGCUCCGUCUCCCUGUCGGAUCGCGGUGAGGAGAAAAUGAGCGAAGAGACGGCGACUUCUAACAACGAUAAUAGUUAUGCACGAGUGCGAGCUGUGGUGAUGACCCGGGAUGACUCAAGCGGUGGAUGGUUACCACUUGGAGGGGGUGGACUAAGCUGUGUCACAGUCUUCAAAGUCAUUCCGCAGGAAGAGAAUAGCUGUGCUGAUUUUCUUAUCCACGGAGAACGACUCAGGGAUAAAACGGUGGUCUUGGAAUGCACAUUAAAGAAGGACCUCGUUUACAACAAAGUUACUCCUACAUUUUACCACUGGAAGAUUGAUGACAAAAAGUUUGGCCUCACGUUUCAGAGUCCUGCUGAUGCAAGAGCUUUUGACAGAGGUAUUCGGAGAGCAGUAGAGGAUAUUUCUCAAGAUUUUGCACCCUCCCAAAAUGACGCUGAAGUGGCAGAAGACUGCUUUCAAGCUACUCAAGAGCACACAUCGGGCUCCUUACUGAAAGAUCAGCUGUUCCAGCAGGACACUGUAGUAACCAGUGAACCUUACAACGCUGCCAACGUGAGGCCUGCAGCCUUUGAGGACUUCAGCAGCAGGAGAGGCUGUUUGCCCAGCCAGCCCAACCAGGUCCCACUGAAGUCUGUCAGGCACGUGAGUUUCCAGGAUGAAGAUGAAAUUGUCAGGAUAAACCCUCGGGACAUCCUGAUCCGUCGUUAUGCCGACUACAGGCACCCCGACAUGUGGAAGAAUGAGCUGGAGAGGGACGAGGCAGACUCAAACACUCCCUUUUCUAAAUCAGACAGUAAAAAAACUGACUAUUUAUACCCCUGUGGGGAUGGAACUAAGUCGAAUUCCCUGAAAGACUCCAAGAGUUCUGUGGUAUUUAAAACUCAGCCUUCAUCAUCCAAAUUUAAAAACUCUAAGAGAAGGAAAGAGGAGGGGGAGCGCUCCCGCUGCGUCUACUGCCAGGAGAGGUUUAAUCACGAAGAUAAUGGCAGAGGCAAAUGCCAGGAUGCCCCAGACCCCAUUAAAAGAUGUAUCUACCAAGUCAGUUGCAUGCUGUGUGCAGAGAGCAUGCUCUACCACUGCAUGUCAGACUCGGAAGGAGAUUUCUCUGACCCUUGCUCGUGCGACACCAGCGAUGACAAGUUCUGCCUGCGCUGGUUGGCGCUGGUGGCGCUCUCCUUCAUUGCCCCCUGUAUGUGCUGCUACCUCCCGCUGAGAGCCUGCCACCACUGCGGGGAGCUGUGUGGGUGCUGUGGGGGAAAGCAUAAAGCUGCAGGAUGAAUCAGCCCUGGGGCCGUACAGAGCUGAAAAACAACGACGACAACAACAGCAGAAUGAAAUCUUUGUUUCCAGGAAGCAUCUCACUUGGAUUUGCGGAAGCUUUUCUUGGCCAGCUGAAGGGAAUCUUCUUUCAUGUAAGAGAGAUGCUUGGUGUGGAGGAGGCAAGCAGACUUGUCAGACCUUGGCGUUUUCCAAGUGCUAGCCAUGCCCUGACUAUUUCCUUGGCAGUUGGCGAGUGGUGAAGGAGAUUUUUUUGUUGUUGUUGGGUUUUUUUUGCAAAGGAUUCAAAGAAACAAAGCAAACAAACAAAGCCUUGUUGUUAUUGUUGGCUCUAAACUGAGGUCUAUAAACUCUGAUCGUACUAAAAGGGAUUAACUUGGGCCACUUUGGACAUCUACUGCUUAGGUGAAGUGGGGGAAAGCCUCUUUGAAAAGGCUUAAAAAAAAAAACCCCACUGGAGGGGAAAUAUUUUAACUAAAACAAAAAAAAAGUGCACUAGUGACAGUUGGUAUGAGAUGAAGAAAAGUUAAUACUUGGCAAAGGAGAAACAAAAUGGAUUUGAAGUGCAACUAAAUCACUUAUUAAUAGUUUUGGGGUUUUGGUUUUUUGGGUUUGUUUUUUUUUUUUUGGAAGCAACUUUAUGUAUAAAUAACAAAUGUUUAUAUUUAACUAAAUGUGUAAGGUACGAGUUCUGACAUGUUAAACUUCCCCUUCCCUCUGAUAUGGGAGCUCUUGGCCCAUAUCUGCUGUCACAUUCCAUGGUAGUAUUUGAAAUAUUUAAUUAGUUCAUUUAGUCUUUUUAAUUAUUCCAGAUGGACAAAUUUGAUCUUUUUCCAGUCCCGAUUUUACCCUUCAGCUCCAGUUUGUGUUGAGUUGUAGCCACUCUACUCAUCUUUAAAAAAACAAAAUAAACCCAACCCUUUAAAAUGUUAAUUAUUCUAGUCUGGAGUGACCAAUAUUUUGGGUUUCUUGGGGUGUUUUUUGUUAAGCACAGAUGUCAUUGUCUAAAAUGUUCUGCUUAGAACAUAACAUUUAUUUUUAUAUAUAAAUUACUUUUGAUUUCAGCAUCAUAGGAAAAACAAAUAAUAAAAGGAAGUUGUUUUCUGUUGCUCAGCCAGCACGUUGGUUUCUUUUGGGGUGUCCUUCCCCCUCUCCCUCCCAACACCCCCCUCCAAAAAAAAGACUUUAUUGCAUACGCCAAUGUUCAUUAAGCAAAAGGUACAUUAAGGCAGUCGUAACAAAUUGUCAUCAGUGUUCUUGUUUAUCCUUCUGUUAAACUAGGAUCCUGUUGAGCUGUUUAUCCAGUACUCUGAUUAAAACAAAAGAUUAAUAACAACA